AUGGAAGCCGAUCUUGUGGAAUACUACAAACCAGUCAGAUACAAAAUUGCAAACACAUCUUCCUACGAUGCAGCAGGUGUGGACAGCAGGGUGGAGGCCUUGAAGCUGAUCGCUGCCCCCGAAAGAUACGAUGCGAUUCUUCUCACACGAUUUGACUUGCUUCUUUUCAAGCCCUUGGAUGCGUUUCCAAUUCAACCGAGCAAGAUAAACGUUCCAUUUCGAGAAAUUAGCGAGCUGGCUUUUCGACACGAUUGCAGGGUCAGUGAUUUGAUGAUGAUAUUCCCUCCGAAGUAUUUGGGUUUGUUUACAAAUGGAUCUUGGGCCUUGGGCCAUGCGCUGAUUACGAACAACCCUCUGGUGGACAAAGCCAAAACAGAUUAUUUUGGAUGCCCCCACUGGCAGGAGCACAUAAACUUGAUGUCAUGGGAGUACGCUGAAUCGGGGGACUACCGCUUCACUCCGAUCGGGGUCAUCUCGCGUGACCUCGCGACUGUUGAAGACGGGCCAUACUACUUUGAAGGAAUCCCAUUCGCGAGAUAUCCAGAUCAUUCUGCCAUACCGAAGGCGUAA